CACGUGGCACUGUGUCCCAGGGCCCUUUGUGACACGCUGGGCACGGCCGGUGGGAUGGAAGGGGGCAGGGUGUCCAAGGGCCCUUUAUGACCCGCGGUGACAGAGGUGCUGCUGGUGACACGGCCACAGUGUCAACAGUGCUCCUCGGAGCAGGCGACGGGACAGGACGGGACAGAGCGGUGCUGUGCGGAGCCCCCGCGCAGCCAACUCGUGCCUUGCUGACCCGGAGCGUUUUGGAGGAUUUUCUCACUUUCAGGUGACCUCGAGGCAUUUCCACAGGACUUGGAGACCCGGAGUUUCUCCGAGGUGUCUCUAAGCCCUGUGGCAGGUGCUCUCAAAACCCUUUUGCAGGACUUGGAGACCCGGAGCUUCUCCGAGGUGUCUCCAAUCCCUGCGGCAGGUGGCCUCCAGGCCAUUCUGCAGGACUUAGGGCCCGGAGUUUCUCCGAGGUUCUCUUUCUCUCUUGCAGGUGCCCUGGACACCAGACUGUGGCAUGGCAGGGAGACGCUUCAGCCUGCUCAGGCUGUUCCGGAGGAAGAAGGAGGAGGAAAGCCCUGGGGCUGCUCCAGCACAGCAGCCUGAAGAGGUGCAGCAGGUGCAGCCCCCGCAGGAGGAUGCAGGCCAGGAGCGGACAGAAGAACAGCUCCGUGCCCGUGGCCGCUUCCGCAGGGCAGCACAGCUGGUUUGCAGAUUCAUCAGGUGCAUUUGGCAUGAAGAGGCCACUUUCAUGGCCACUGGGGACACGGCAAACUCGGACCUCUUCAAUGCCCAGACCAGCGCUGCCCUGCUGGAUAUGCUUGUGGAGAACGGUGUCUACAAAGCGAAGCAAGUGCCGGCCAUAGUCAGGUGCAUCCAUCAGUGGCUCACAUCCAAUGUGUCUGAUGAGCACAGGCUGGACAAGACUCUUGUCCUGCUGACCGAGGCACACCCCACGGAUGUUGCAGUGACCCUGCUGCGCUCUGCCCCAGCCUGUGACAGAGCUGCUCGCACCAUGUGGAAGACGCUCAUCUCCUCCAGAGGGACUAAGGAGCCGGUGCUGCAGAUCCUCUUCCAUGUGCUGGAAUACUGGCCAGCGCACAGGAGACGCACCUCUGAUGGAGAUGAGAGGGAUGUCUUUGCCCUGGCUGCAACUGUGGCACUCUGGGAGAUCCUCCAGCUGUCCCACUCCUGGUGCCCAAGUGCAGUGAAGGACAAUUUCCCCCGCCUCCUUCUGACUCUGCUCUUCCAAGUUUUCAUCAGCACAGAGGAGAUGUCAGAGCAGGUCGAGACCUUCUGGAGGCGAUGCCGGGAGCAGCGCAGCCUUCCCCCCAACCCCAACAGGUUUGCAGUGCAGACUGUUAAAGCCCUGCUGCGCCAGCUGCUGGAUGAGGACGUGUUGAUGGCGAUCGGUCGCAAGUGUGGCUGGGACAUGCUCCUCAAGGCUGACAGCCACCACUAUGCAGUGGGUCUGCUGGCCAGGGAGCUGUGCCGUGUCUCCCGCUCCUUCGGUCGCACCAUCGCCGUCAGCCUGCUCCCGCGGCUCAGCAGGGGAGAGCCCCUGUGGGAACUGCCUGCCCUGGCGUUCCUGGUGGAGGUCCUGCACUGCCUGAACGCCAGACAAUGUGGGCCCAGCGUCCUGCAGAUUAUUUCCAGGCACCUGCGCAGUCAGUGCCCGGAGAGGCGUCGCCUGGCGCUCCGAGGCCUGGUGGUGCUCAGCAAGGCUCCCUCAAUGGCUAAGAGCAUCCGGAGCCUGAAUGAAAGCCUCCUGGAGCUACUGCAGGAUGAAGACACAGAUACGGUUCAGAUGACCCUCUCCGUGUUCAUCAAUGUGCUGGGCUUGAAAAUCAUCCAAAUAUCCAGCCCAAUAGCCCUGAAGUUGCUUGAGGCGCUGCAGCCACUCUUUGACAACGAGCACAGCCAGCUGCAGCAGCUCUCCAUGCUCCUCUUCCGGGAGCUGAUGGAGGCGACAGAGAGGAGCAAGAGCCUAAAGCCACACGUGUACCUGAGUCUGGUGCCAUUCUACUUCAACUGGCACGAUGAGAACCAGCGUGUGGCAGAGGCCUCUCAGAGAGCACUGUUUGGUGCAGCCAGGUUCCUGAAGUGGAGGGAUCUUGAGCACUUGGUGACCAUGGAGCAGCCCUGGAGGUUUCCCGAGUGCCUGCUGGAAAAGGACAGGAGCCGAGUGGGCCAGUACGUGCGCCAGGCCCUGCCGUUCCUGGAGAGCCCAGAGGAGCCCCUGCGAAAGCUGGCCAUCAAGUUUCUGGGGAUCGCCGCCAGAUCCAUGAAGCAGGAGCAGCCAGAGCUACAGCUCAUCUGCCAAGCCCUUCAAGGCAUGACUGAUGACAGCCCUGCUGUCUCAAACCUGGCCAUUGAAACGCUCCACAUCAUCAGAGCUGUACGGAGAACUUCAUUCUUCCCAUUCUGGUAGUCUCCGUUGCUGCCUCUUCCAGCCCAUAGAGGUGUGACAGAUGACAUCAGACUCGCCAUGGCAGGCCUGGCAAUUCAACACUGCUACGUGCCAAGAGCUGUACAGAUGGCUCCCUACUGCAGAUUCCAGCAGCUCCAAGACUGGCUGUGCAGGGCGUGGAAGACCCGGCCUUUUCCGCAGGGCAGUGUCUGCCUGUGCUGCUGCAGCUCUGUGGAGAACUGAUGCAGGAAGCUCCAUCUCCUGGAGCCACCUGAGCCUGUGGGGAAGAUGCCUCUUCCCUGCAAGCACCUCCUUUGAGCCCAGCAUGGGAACAUGACCAACAUGUUAUCAUGCA